CCAUUCUCAGAGGGUGGUAAGAAAAAAAAGAAAGAAGCGAUUCUCGUCCUGAAAAAAAGAAAAAAAGAAAAGAAAAAAACCCUAGAAAAAGAUGGGAUCUCCUUCAGGAGCGUGCGGCAUAUCUGCACUAUCUGCAUUUGUGCAGAAGAAAGAUGUCGACAAUCGGACUCCUCUCAGAAUCUACUAUAUGAUUGCUGAUUGUUUUCUCAGACGGGCGGACAUCUACAGAGAGGAGAAGAACAUAAUUGAUCUAUGUAUUAUGCUUAUGCAGUUUUCAAGUUUAAUGUCUGAAACUAUACCAUACCAUCGAGACUACCUGGUGUCUUUAAAAAGAGAGAGACUUUCUUUUAAGAAGAAAUUAUUGAAUGCUCUGACUGAACUAGAGACACUGAAACCUACUGUUCAAAGUCUGAUUGAGGAACAAAACAGAAAACGCAUGAAAGAAGUAGCCAAGUCAGAUCAGGUCCAAUAUCCAAGCAACUUAGACUUAACUCCAGUCGAGAUGCCAACUCCAGUCGAGAUGCCAAGCUUGAUUCAGCCUGCUGAAGAUGGGGUCAUGGCUGUAAAAGAUAGUGGUGAUUCAGAAUCUGAAAGAUCUACCCUUGAAUCAGUCCUUUCACUGAAUGACGGUAGAUGGUCUCUUCCUGCUGAGGAACCUUGUACAUCUUCCACGGUCUAAUCAGACCUCUGCCCGCCUGAAGCUAGAGAAAUUUCCAAGUCGGAAAUUAGUAAAAGGAUAUCGAUUUGACUUCAGUUUCUCCAUUUCAGUUACCCUGCUUACAGUGCUGGUUAGUUACUCCAAUGAACCGGGUUGGCCGGUCUAGCUUCCGGCCAUAGCAUCCACCUGGGCCUGGUUCCCAUUUUAUCGAUGAUUUUUUCGGCCCGUUUAAUUGAAACAACAAAUGGGCUUGUUUUGAGUUAUGGUUUAAAAUCUGUUUGUGCAUGUCAUGUUGUUCACCAGGCAAUAUUGGGUCAGAUCGUCCUGUGUCUUGCAGUGAAACCGAUAUCUUUUAUGAAUGAUACGGGUGAUGUGUAAGGGUUUCAGAUGA